CACCAGUUGUAAAAUGGGCUAUAAAGUUUUAUUUACGGUCUUUUUACUGGCUGGAGUAUGCCCCGGGGGUCUGGCGUACCCCACAGGUGCGCCGCUUCAAGCGUGCGCGGAUAUGAAACCUUUACAUCCACCCACCACCACUUCCGGUCAAGCGCCAUUCGCCAUCAAAACCAGCACCCUAGUCUACACACCCGGAGCUGAAAUCACGGGGACGAUCUACUCGCCGAGCGGGGUGAAGUUCCGGGGAUUGCUGAUGGAGGUCUUAAAAACUGAUAACACCAGCACCGACCCAGUUGGGACGUUUGACGUCGUGGACAACAACACACAGACACAGUGUGGGCAGGGUUCCAAACAAGGCCUGACGCACGUAUCUAACAGUAACAAGACGUCGGUUACCUUCAAAUGGAUUGCACCGUCGGCUCCUGCCGGGGACAUACGAUUCAGAUUGUCGGUUGUGGAGUCGUAUGACGUGAGUCGUUACUGGUUGGGCAUCUUCUCGGCCACGGUACAAGACUGUUCCAUACAUCCUACGAUCGUCGGGUGUAAAGGUUCCCCAACCCCGCCACUACCCGCCUCCUCGUCCGCGAGGCCGUCAUCCAUCUCCACACUUCCGCCAACGAAGUCAACACAGUCGCCGGUCAUAACCUCUCCCGCUAAAUCAAGCAUCCCGUACGACCCGGCAUGCGGAAAGACCAAGGGAUGUUUCCCGGACGCGAGUAGGUGCUCCAGUGGAUGUCACUAUCUGGUCACCUGGGGACCCGCCGCCGCCACAGAUGAAAGUGACAUCAUCGCGUUUAACAUCAAAAUGAUGCUAGACGAUAUGAGCGAUGUUUGGAUGGCGGUUGGGCUGUCUAAAACGGGCAAAAUGGACAAGACGACCGUGGCAGCGUGCCUGACACAGGGCGGUCAAUCUUUCUCCCUGUCCUCUUCCUACAACAAUGGGCACGCAAAUGUACCCUUUAGCAACCCGACCAUGGGCCUGUCGGGGAUGGACGCGAGUGUGAGCGGGAAGGUUUUCUCGUGCUCCUUCACGCGCCUACGUGCUAUGAACGAGACAAACUUCUGGAACAUUUCCGACCCCAUGUACAUCCUGGUUGGGACAGGGCCCGUCGCAAACGGUCUGAUGAGCCAGCACAUGGUUGAUCCCGUGAGCAGCAGUGCAAAGAUUAACUUCACGGCCUUCAGCAUUAUUGGAGAGGGAGAUCGCACUUCUAUACUCAUCAAGGCACACGGUGCGUUGAUGACGGUGGCUUGGCUGUUUUUCUCAAGUGUAGGCAUUGUUGUUGCCCGUCACUGCAAAUCCAUCCUAGAACACAAGCUGUUGCUAAAACACAAGUCCUGGUUCCUGGCCCAUCGCACGAUGAUGACGCUGGCUGCCCUCUGUGUGAUUGCCGCCGUUGUAGCCAUCUUCGUGGAGCGCAAGGGAUUCAGCAAGAUUGUACCGGAAGUCGGGAAGGAGUAUACAAAAGCACAUCCGUUUCUGGGAAUUGUGGUGGCGGCGUUGACCGUCAUUAAUCCGAUUAUGGCGCUGUUCCGCCCCGCCCCGGAAAGCAAAAAGAGAUACAUCUUUAACUGGGCACAUUUCUUUGUGGGGACAUCGGCACAUAUACUAGCAGUGAUUAACGUGUUUUUCGGCUGCCACCUGAGUGCGGCGCACUUGGACAAGAGCAGCGCCCUUUACCUGAUGGUGGCAUACGUGGCCGUCUUCGUCGCCGUGUAUAUCAUCUUCGAAAUUCACAACAGAUGCAGCAAGUCAAAAAAAGAUCAAUAUGUUCAGUUCAGUGCCACAACAUUACCGCCAAAGGCUGUGGGCUCCGGAAGCAGCCUUAUGGUGUUCAUGCUUGUGUUCCACGUUCUCAUGAUGGCGGCAGUCUCAUUUGGUCUCCUCUUCCUGAUUCUGUGGCCUAACACUACCGGAAGUCACUGACGGCUCCACCGGCAAUGACAAUAAUAGCGGUACACCUUGGUGGAUUCGUUGUCAAAAUCGAUAUCGCCACUGAACUGUCGUCAAAAUUCGACAUCAUAUUCGUGAUAUUUAAUAUUCAGUCACAAAUCAUGUAACACGCGGCUUUGUUCUUUUAAGUACCACCAUAAAUGUUAAGAAAUUCAGUGAUAUAUUGCCUGUUGUAGAGUGUA